GGGGGAGAAAGACUAAGAAAUAUUUUCAAUAUGGCCGCCGAGGGAAGAGUGAUAAAAUAUGAAUGUAAGUUUGUGUCUAUUUUUUGUUGUUUUUUUAAAUAAAUGUAGAUUAUUAAAAAGGAAUUAUUUCUUAUAGAUCUAGACCACACGGCUGAUGUGCAGUAAGAGUUAUUGAAUUGAUUAUUUUUCAGGUUUUUUUUGUUUAUAAAAUUAGUGUAAUUAACAUCUUGUUUUGUAUUAUACGUUUACAUGUAUUGUUGAUAGUUGACAGGUUAGAUAUUAACGUGUAGUCCAGUGUAGUCCAGUGUAGGUAGUAUUAUGCAAAAUCUGCCAUGAUUUGUGUUUUGAGUUUCAAAAUGCUAAUCUUUGGAGUCUCUGAGUCUUGAGUUGAGUUUCAAAAUGCUAAUCUUUUGUCUUUAAUAAUAUACUAUUUGUGUCUGCCUUCGUUUUAUCCUACGUGUGACCCAUUGAGUGCCAGCACCAUUGAGUGCCAGCGGCUAUAUAGUGACUAUAUAGUUAAAUAUGAAAACUUUUGUUUGCGGUAGUUGUUGGUGAGCUUGGCGUUAGCAUAUAUGGUGCUGCAUGCGGAAAGUGAAACACAGUCCGGUUGGGUUGUGUUUUGUCUGACUUAGCUUUUUUUAAAACUUUUUAAAUUUUUUUCCCGCCUAUAUGACUUAAAUAUUGUGUAAAUACCACUGUUAAUACUGAUAUAAUUAAACCUACCUUUUAGAUUACAUGCUUGUAUCUUUUUGCAAUUGAAGACUGGAAAUUAGUUCUUUGUUUGUGGGGCUUAGGGUUUAAAAAGGUUGAACAGGGUUAGGUUUAGAAUAAUUUGGAAAAAUGUAGAUUGAUAGGGAUACAAUUGCAAUGAAAAAUACAAGCAGAACUUCAGAAUUAGGUCAUGAUUUGGAACCGCAGUAAUUGGCUUACCGCUGUUGCCGACACCCUGCCAGAUAAAUGAAUUUUAUGUUCUAAUGUAAGUGUUGGCAAAGCUAAUAAAUAAAAUAAAUGUCCAUCCAAAUGACAGGCAAUCAAACAACUUGUGAACGAUUUUUUUCCUAUCAGAAUGAUUGUAGCAAGAAAAACUGAACGGUAAUUCAUCUUUCGAGUCUUAAACAAACUGUCUCUAAACUUGAUCAAUACAUUAAAAUAGCCAUUUUUGUUAUACCUGCCUGUCAACUGAAAUCCCAAAAUUAUGUCAUUGCAUUGACUGUCAAUGGGAAUUUAGCUGAUUAUUGCAUUAUUGGUACUUACAAGUAUUCAGAAGCUGUCACAGUUAUAAUCAGUUUCAGGAUGAGUAAGGUCAGAAUAGGGCCUAGGUUCUCGGGCUUAUAGAAUCAGAUUCAAGACUUGAUUCAGAAAUAAGUUUUGUUUUGUUUGUUCUAAGUUAGAUUGUUUAGAAUCUCUGGAGAAAAUGUUUCCUUAAUAUUACAUAAGGGGGUGAUGACCUCAAAGAAGCAUUUGAACAGGUAAGCCAUCAUUGAUAUUGGUGGCCAGAGCUGCUGUGAGGGGGUGGGGCAAGGGGGCACUGCUACUGGCCCCCAGCUCAAAAGCAGUGAUGGCCCUUUGUUGAUACAAUUAAAAACUUAAAAUUUUUUAUUGCUAAAAAUGAAUCUUAGCUGUGUUAGUGCAGUAUAAUAUGUAAUAAUGAAGUGUAAUAUAGUGUAAAACACCUAUUCUCCUGUUUUACAAUUAUGAUGUCAUAUUUUUGCCCUGCCCUUGUUGGUGGCUAGCUAGGUUAUAUUAUGUAGUGGAAUCAGCUGGUUACCUCCGCCAGGAGGUUAUGUAAUCAUCUGGGUUUGUAUGUGUGUGUGUGUGUGUGUGUGUGUGUGUGUGUGUGUGUGUGUGUGUGUGUGUGUGUGUGUGUGUGUGUGUGUGUGUGUAUGUGUGUGUGUUUGUCUGUGAGCACGAUAACUCAAGAAAUACCAAACAUAUCCGUACGAAAUUUUUUGAAUGCAUUUCCCAUUGGCUAAGGAAGAACUGAUUAAAAUUUGGUUGAAUUUGGUUAAAAAUUGAACGAGAAAUGAACAAAAUUUUGUCUUGCUUUUCCCGGUCAAUUAACAAAAAAUAUUACUGAAUGCGUAAUUAGGACAUGUAUAAUUUAUGCACUCAGUGCUAAGACAAUAAUGAGAUGAUAAACCUCAUUAAGCUUCGGCUUUCAUUAUCUAUUGUCUUAGUUGCAUUUCACGCGACCGAAAUUCAAUGUCUAAAACAAGGCUUACGGAGUUACGCAUUAUUACGUUCAGCAACUGUGCCAGUCCAUUCAAAUUCUAACAACAUUAGAUUACUUCAAUACAGGGUGUAUAAAAAGAACGCAACCUCGGAAUUUCCCAAGAAAUCGACAUUGUUUUAAAGACAAAAGAUUUUAGCUGCCUGGGAAUUUAAAAUAAAGCACAACUGUGAAAAUUACUGCACGCGCGAGUGCAUAAAGCAAAAUUUAUGCAUUUAUUUAAUGACACUUAAUAAGUUUUUAUUUUACAAGUACUGUACAGUACAACAACAGUAAUAUGUUCUAUUAGCAAUUCGAUUUCAAUUCGCGGGGGCCUGAAAUCUUUUAUGCUUAAGAAUUAUAAAGUGGAUUUCUUAGGAAAUUCCAAGGUUGCGUUUCACUUCCGAGUAACGGGCGGAGGUAUGCAGUCUCUGAGUGCCCUCUAGUUAUAUAUGUAUCUGUUUUAUAUGUCAAGGUUGGUCUUGCUAUGUAUGGCUAUAUGACGGAACUACACACAGUUGAUGCAGAAAGAACAGAGACAAUAAUCGCUGAAGGUUCAAUUAUAACAUUUCCUUAUAUAUAAUGGUUGUCUAAAUUUAACCCAUUGAGUGCGCUCCCCUUGACAAAGUAAAAUCAUCUGGCGCGAGGCAGAGUAAAAUAAUAAAGUAGGUGCAUUGAGGUGCAAUGCAACUUCAUGGGUUAAACAUUUUCCCACAAUGUAGUGAUUCAGUAUGGGCAGAUAGUCUGAUUAACUCAUUGAGCACCAGCACUCUCCCAUUGACAAGUAAAAUCAUCUGGUGUUAGACAGAGUAAAUAACAGAGUAGGGCACAUUGAGGUGCAAUGGAACUUCAUGGGUUAAACAUUUUCCCACAAUGUAGUGAUUCAGUGACAGUGUGAAAUAAUCUCUUCCAGGUGAUGAUCUACUUUCGCUCCUUUUUCAUUUUCUUGAUGAGCUACUUUUCUUGUUUUGUGCUGAGCCAUUUUUCAUUGGACAGGUAGUUCUCAGAUUGGAUAAUGUUAUUUUAAAGUGAAAAGUCUUUUUGGUAUCUUUCUGCUCAUUAAUUUAAUUGAUUUUUUUUCCAUCAAGGAAAUUGAAAUCAUGGAAUUUGAUAAAGACAACCUCAAGAUCAUUGCUGACGUGUAAGUAUGUAAAUAAAACUGACACAAAACCGAAAGAGUUUUACAGUAAAAAGACCAAGGCAUUUUUAAUACCAUGGACCGAUGGGGCAUUUGCCUCACUGGGCCCCUUACUCUGCCCCACCACUGAAGAAAACAAAAUGGCCAAUUGCCCCCAAGCCAGAGCCCUAUGAGCUGUAUUGAGUAAAUGAGUUUAACAUUGAAAAGAAGUUUAAAAAAUAAAACUGUUGGUGAGCAUACUUAAACUUAUGUAGUUGUGUUUGAAUGUUUAGCAUGCAAUUUAUUACAAAUUUCAUCAUUAAAACUGUGUUUUGAGAAGCUGAGAUUUUUUAUUAAAAUGUGUUCUCAGAAUGCAGGACAUGCUAUUUCAGAGACCCAAAUUUAAAAAAUUUCCUGCGGGGCAUGCCCAGACCCCCCUAGCCAACUCGUGCCUGUGCUACUCGGCUCACACCUUCGGCGACCGCAUACUAUCCUGGGGGAGGGCCAGGAAAAUGGUCCCUUUGGCAGUUUUGCCCCACCACUGAAGAAUCCUUAAAAAAUGCACUGAAAAAGACUGCAUUGCAAACUGACUAAAGACUCAUUUGUCUGUGAUGUCAAUGAUUAUGUCUUAUUGUUUUAGACAUGGAGAGACAUUUGAUUUGGACAAGCAUCCACAGGUAUUUAAAGAUCUUGUUCAAUUCUGUCUGUAUCUACCUAAUACGACACAGAAUUUGGAGUCAAUUAGCAUUUCUCACGCCGCCAUUUUUGGGUACUGUAUUUUUUCGAAAACGAUUAUAACAAUGUGAAAAGCAAUAUUUCAGAAGAAACUGACUAUUUACAGAGUAAAUUUACCAUCAUACACCCACAAAAUGAUAAAAUGUCGCCGUUACGUGGUGUUUCGCUCGCAGGAUUGGCAAAAAAAGUACCCAAAAAUGGCGGCGUGAGAUGGGCUAAUUGCAUUGAUUUCAGUGAAAACUGAAAAGUGUGUUGUUAAGCAAGGCGUUAAGCAUUUAUUCCUGCUUGCUUUCCAGGGAACAGAAGUCAAAGCUAUAACUUAUUCAAACAUGCAAGUUUAUGAUGACGAAGAAAAACAUGAAGUGUAUGUGAUUAUUGAUAUCUAACAAGAUCUAACAAGAGUCAACAACUGAUCAAGGAAUCAGACGUCAGGAUAAGAUGAGUCUGGGAAAGGCGGCGAAUAAGUUUAUUAUUUAUUAAUCUUCCAUCAUAAUUUUGAAAUGCAAGGAUAGCCUUGAAUUAGCCAUUCCGAAGUUGAUGAGAGGACUGGGGACGAGUGUUAAAAAUUGCCCAAAUUCAAUCUCGAAACCAGAGCCCGCAAUCCACUGUGGAGGCUUCCUAAGAGGAUUGCAGGCUCUGGUUUCGAGAUUGGCCCAAAUU